AUGAGCGACGAAGAGUUGCCGUUUGCCCUGAACUUCGCCAAAGAGAACUUCGAUGACGAAUGUACUGUCUUACGAAAAUGUCAAGGCUCUGGACUCACUCCUCAAUUCUUUGACAGCCUGCAAGUGACUCAAGACGCAACCGACCUCUCCCCAACGGGGUACGCUCGUAUGAUUGUCAUGUCGAAUAUCCCUGGGAAAUGUGUGCUGGAUAUUCUGCCAUCUCUUACGCCCGAUGACAGAAGCCUCAUCCUAGCAAAGUUGUCAGAUUUACUUGAGUACAUUCGUCUUCGUGGUUGGAUUUUCUUUGAGCAGGAGACCGAGCAAGUCUAUUAUGAUGAGCAAACAAAGAAAGUCUAUCUAAUCGGUUUCUGUCGCGCUGUGGGAGAAGACUUUCCUCCAGAGGAAGGCCAAGUCAUCACACCCGAUUCGAUUGAUGUUGGUGGUUUUGGUCUGGGUUGA